UAGAGCAAAACUUUUUUUUUCUUUUGCAGACAAAUCUUCCCAUUUUUAAGAUGAAGGAUUCCUGUGUGCGCAGGCGAUACAGUGACUUUGAAUGGUUAAAAAGUGAAUUGGAGAGAGACAGUAAGAUUGUUGUGCCACCACUACCAGGAAAAGCUUUGAAACGUCAACUUCCAUUUAGAAUGGAUGAAGGAAUUUUUGAUGAGUCUUUUAUUGAAGAAAGAAGAGCUGGAUUAGAACAAUUCAUUAACAAAAUUGCAGGUCAUCCACUGGCCCAGAAUGAACGCUGCCUGCACAUGUUCUUACAAGAGGAAAGCAUCGACAGAAAUUAUGUACCUGGCAAAGUACGUCAGUAGGGCAUCUGGAUGCUUUGGUCUUUCCUCCAGUGCAUUCCCUUUAUUUUUACACUAAAUAUAUACUUUACCUUUUUUAAUUUCAACUAUUCAAAAGGUAAUCACUGCUGGUUUCAUGACUAUAAUGUGGCUUUUUAAAUACCCUCAACCCACUAUUCCAGCAGAGGCAGCCUGAGUCCUGCAGAUCCUGAAAUAAGCAUCAGGACGUGUAUUGGUUUGAUCCUACCUGAAAAUCUGAACCUAUAUCAGAUGGGUUAAGCCUUUGUUUUUGGUUUUUUUUCUCCCCCUCACUUGUUGGUUUUUCACCCCAUUUUCUUGCCAUGAUGUCACUUGGAGGAAAAUAAACAUUCAUUCAAGUUCUGCUUUCAGACCUCUUAUGUUAAAUACAAUUUCUAAUUUUUGUAUGGCUUGAUGCAGAUGGUGUUUAAACUUGUAACUGUUCAUAUUGUAAUUGCUAAAGCUUCUGUACCCUGCAAAUAUUUGCUAUCUUAAAUACUAGAGAACAACUUCUGUCUAAGACUCAUGCUCUUCCUAAAGAUUUUAGUUUUUUCCUCCCCUUUUUUUGAAGGUAACUUCAUAAACCUCUAAACCAACCAACUUAUUUUAAGCAUUCCAGUAUUCAUUCCCUUCUAUCAGUCUUCUGACACAACUUUCUCUGUUCUGUGAUGCACUGAAUGGCUUCAUACAGACUUAAGAGCACUGCAAAUGGUCAAAAGUAGAACUGUAGGAUAUUUAAACUUGAGUUCUACAGUUAAAUAUUUACAGCUGAAUACUUGCCUAAUAAGUAAAUUGCAUCAACAUAAAUUUGGCAGUCAUUACAUCUGCUUAUGAAUGAACUCAUGGUUUUUACUACUUAGCCAAAAAUGACUUGUUUUGGGUAAUCACAAAUGAUCAGACUUCUCCCUUUUUAAAAAAGGAGUUAAAUUAUCAGGUGUGCUACAAUUGUUCUCUUUGAUGUACAGUAGCUGAGUGUUUAAACCUUGCUGCAAAAUGUAUAUAAGCUUUAUUUAAAAUGUGCAGUGUCAAUUUUGUGGCAGAUUACCAUUUUGUUGGCUAACUGUUCUAUCAAAGUUAAUUGUUCACUGUUAAAUGUUAGUAACAGUUUCAGAACUUUACUACAUUCCUGUUGUAGAAAAACUGAAUUGAGAAAUGUGGAUCUGUCUCCUUGGCUCUAGCCAUAAGCUUUUUAAACUGCAUUUGAUUAAUUUCUGGUUUCUAAUUCCUUAAAUUUUUCUUAUUCCUUGCAUGUUCAUACUCCUAUUGUAUUCCCAGUUACUUUUUGUGCUCAAACUAGGGAAGUGAAAUGCUGCUGCCUCAAUUGGAAAUAAAUCCUUGUGGAAACUA